AUGUCCACAAGUUCGAUAAACCGCCGGCAGUAUCUGUGCAACGCGCCGAAAGUGCCCGUGUUCCUCAGCUGCUCGUCAGCCAACCGAGCUUCGACCUCCGACGGACACAAUCGGAAAGUCAUCUCGAUGCAAAAGUCAUCGAUGCCGUUCUCUCGAGCUCCGCCGACUUCGGAGUGGACAAUGCCGUGGAGGACGAGAUCCAGAAAAUGCUGGUCGGAGACUUGAAUCGCAGUGCUUCUGGCAACAACCUCGAUCCUCUGCUGCUCGGAGUUGUCAAAAAAGAGGACAAAGACAGAACGCUAACCCAAGCGGAUGCCGCGAAGGGAUUGGCUCUCAUCAACUCGGUAAGCACUCCUCGUAUUCGAACCAACAUCCCCGCCCGUAUUUCAGCUGCAGCAAACCGGUUCAGUCGCAUCGUUGGCCUCAAUUGUAUCGAAUCGGACGGACACUGGAACGGAAGACGGCGUGGAAGACGAGGAGUCAAGUCUAGAUCGAAAACGGCCGACGAGCACGAGAAAGGCUAAGAUUCAGGCCACGUUCGCGGCCGGCAAGAAGAAAAUGCUCGAUUUGAUGCCUCAGAAACGAAAAAUGACCGAUGCAACCGCCGAUUUCAACGGAGAAAGCAUUGAAAUUGGGGCUGACGCUUUAAAUGUUUUCGACUCAGAACUAAGGGAAACCGCCGCGCACAAGUCUCCCAUUUGUGUGAUCGGAAAGAGAAAGGAGAGUCCAUCUGAAGAUAAGAAGGAGAAGAAACGGCUGAAGAAGAAGUUGUCUGAUUCACCAAAAAUGAGACGAACUGGAAUACAGAAGGAUCAGUCUCCGAUGACGACGAUCAAGGCGCGAACGACGAAAAGUGUGCCGUUCCAAAAGGUUCGUUCCUGAUUGAUUGUUGCCGGCAACCGCAGAUCAGUUUCAGGAUGUCAUGUGGGGACAGUCGCUCCACUUCGAGUUGGACGCUCCUUCCGAAUCGACGACUCGCUCCGCCAUCCGAUACUUGAACGUGACCGUCCACGCGAAAGAGAUCAAGCCGGCGGAAACUCCCAACACUUCCGCCUCCAGCAUUCCCAGUGUCACCUCCACUCCGGAGUCCGUCGCCUCCUCAGGCGCUGAAUCUUCUUCCACGCCCUCUCCCACAAAAGUCAACGAGCCGAAGUCGAUCCUUCUUGGUUCCGUAUCUCUUUUCGUGCCCCAGUUAAUCGAUGACUGUCGGUUGACUCUAUCCAACUGUCACCGAGAAGUGUUCCAACUAAAACAGCCGAGCUCGUCGACACCUUCUCAACUGGCUACCACUCCAGAGGAUCCGUUAGUUGUUCAUUUUUUUAGAGCACUCUGAAAUGAAUAUUUACAGAGUUCUUGCCGAGUUUUCCCGCCACGCCGGAUUCGAUCCCCGUCUCUGCUUCGGAGAUAUCACCCUCGGAUUCCGGUACUUCCCAGAUGGACUCCCCACUGAUAAAGCACUCAAUACGGGCGAAGAAACCGAGGAUGAACUAAUGAGAAUGAUGAAUUCGCAAGAAGCCGCGUCCCCAACAAGACCUUUGUCUCCGCCUGCACUCGCUCUGGCAAAUCAUGAUUGGAAGCUGUGGUACGGAAAGAACAGUGAGUUGGUUCCUUGCUUUUUGUUUUCAAAUCAAAGUCAUUUCAGCAACCACAUGCGCAAUGUGUCGAGGAAAGAUCUGGCUCCGCAAUGCCUCUUCCUGCUCCCGUUGCCUCGUUAUCUGCCACAACAAGUGCGUCGUCAAAGCCAACAACGGAGGAAUCGCUUGUUCUCCGCAACAGCAGCCACCAGCCAACCUUCCGCUUCCGGACGAUUCUCAGUUCGAGGAGAUAUCCGCUGCCGAGUUGGAGCACGCGUCUAACGCCACUCCGGGAGAGCAGCCGCACGAUGAGGCACACGCUCUUCUCAUGCAAUCACCUUCCACUUUGUCCACCGUCUCCAGCUUAUGUAAGUUUCUGCAACAGAAUACAUUUUCAUCCUAUCAUUUUCAGUGGACACUCCUGAUCUUUCGAAACGAGCCAGGUUCAAGAAAGUGACAGAAAAGUUUUCGAACUGGAGGAAAGGAGGAAAAAAGAAGGAAGAUGAGGGUACUCCCGUUCGAAAAAACACUCGGGACAUGGACGGCUCUAGCUCUUCUGCUGCUGACAUUGACAAACUAGAAACCGACAGGGACAGUCCGAUGGCCAGCAUUCAAGAUGUGCUCGCCGAUGUUCUGCCAGGAUUAGACGGAUCUCCGUUCAUCAGUGGGCUCUACUUCCAGGUAAUGUUGUCUCUUUCGAAACCUUUCUAACCGCCUGAGCAAGUUUCAGCCCGGUAACGCCUACAACGAGGAGACGAUACGGAAUGCAAAGCUGCUCGGACGCGAGAUAUUCAGUGAUUUGACUUCGGAACAGCGUGUCGAGAAGAUAAACUCUCAAAUCGACCGUAUCCAGGCGGCGAUACGAGAGACGAAGGACGAUCGGUUGAGUGUGAUGCAGAAUGGAGGAGGUAAGCACGGAAACGGGAGGCCCGAAAGACGACAACCAUCUCGAGUUGAUUCAGAGACGUCCGCCAAAUUUCAAGGACUCGACGAACGUCUCCAAGCGCUCGCAGUGCUCAUGCUCCAUUAUUGCUCUGCACUUCAGGACUGCCAAUCCGGACGUUCCACGCCUAAUCCACCCGCUGAUUCUCCAGAGACGAACAAUCUCAAUGAGGUAAUCUUUGUUUGAAGACUGCUUUCAAUUCUUUCUCAAAGUCUCCAGAUAACCGAAGAGUGCCAAUCCGUCGACGCGUUUGAGGAAGACGCGGAAAGUGUGCUCGACGAGGACACGGUCACUGCGGAAGUGCCCGUUCUUCCAGAAGAACCGCCUCCAGAAAGACCCACUCAACUCGAUCCCAUGAAUUCUGAUGUCACCGCAGCACUCUCCUAG